AUGGCUUCAUCCUCUACUCUUGACCUUCCUAGCAUCAUUCACGUUAUCUCUGUUCGCCUCGAAUGUGAUAACUAUCCGACCUGGCUUGCUCAGAUUGUUCCCGUUCUUCGCAACCGCCGCUUGCUCUCCUAUGUCAAUGGUAGUUGCCCAAGUCCCUCUCCCACCAUUCCAGACCCCAAGGCCCAGCAAAGUGAUUCUUCUCCUCUGUCUCUCAUCCCCAACCCUGAAUAUGAUGACUUGGUUCAGAAAGAUCAGCUUGUUCUCUCUCUCAUAAAUGGUUCUCUCCACAAUAAGGUUCUUAUUAAUGUUGCUACCAAAACCACCGCAUGUGACACUUGGGUGGCGCUUGAAACUCAUUUCGCUUCUUCGAAAUCAAAAUCGCCUUCUUCAUCUUCGCAGCGACUUGCUUCGCACAACCCCGCGGUGACUCUUCCAUCACUGAUUUUUUUUGAUCAUAUUCACUCUAUUACAAAUAACUUGGCUUUGGCAGGUGCCCCAGUUAAUGAAUUUAAUCUUCUUGUUGUGGUUAUGAAUAUUGUUGGUCCGAUUUAUGAGAAUACGGUUGCCGUUGCUCAAGCUCGUGAGACACUCAUCGGUAUGCCUGACCUUAAAGCCCUUCUCUUAUCAGCAGAACGACGUCUUCAGGCUUCAUCUUCUCUGGACAUCUCUUCUGGUGCGACGACCAUGGUGGCUUCCAGUAGCGGUCACAGUGGCCAUGGUAGGCGUGGCUUUGGUGAUCGCACUGGCUUCGCUGGCCGUGCUCCGGAUCGUCGCACAUCACUCUCUGCUCCUCGUUUUGGUUCUUCUCUAGGUUCUAGGUCUUAUAGCUUAUUUCGUUCUCCUUCUUCACAGCCAUGUUAUCACCACAAUUUUGAUCAAGGUGUUCUUGGGCCUCCUCCCUCUGGCCUUAAUACCUCCUCUUUUGGGUCCAAUUCUCCCUCCCCCCGUGGGCCUUUGCAAUGUUACAAUUGUCGUGGUUAUGGCCACGUUGUCGUUGUCUGCCCUUUCAAGGCUACUUUUGUGCCUGCUCCUUCUACUCUUUUUCAAGGCAUGACCGCUCACCAUCUAUCCCAUGGUGGCACACAACAAUGGGUUGCUGAUAUCAGGGCUAACACCUAUAUCACCAAUGAAUUAAGCCAUCUAUCCUUUGCUAGAAAGUAUCAUGGUUCUGAUAAUGUUGGAGGUGUGCUUGGUGGAACAUGUUUGCCUAUUACUCAUAUUGGUCACUCUCGUAUCUCUCACCUUAACUCCUCAUUUUCUCUUAAUAAUAUUCUUCACUGUCCUAAUGCCUCUUUUCCACUUUUAUCUGUUCAUGAAUUUGCUACUGACAACAAUUGUUUCUUCACUUUUUUCUUUGACUGA